UCUCACCAAUCCUGCAGAGAUGAAGUACUUGGUGUUUGUGCUCCUGGUGGCUGCCGCUUGCGCUUCUGAGGUGGAGAAGCGAGAGGCGGAGCCAAGUCGUGACUUAAGCUAUGGCCACGGUGUCCACCAUCACACCUACUAUCCCCGUACCUACUACCACUCCUACCACACCUACCACAAGAGGUCUGCUGAGCCUGAGGCUGAAGCCGAGCCCUCUUACGGCUCCUCCAACUACUACCGCCCACACCACUACAUUCCCUCCGUCCACCACCACCACAAGAGGUCCGCUGACCCCGUUGCUGAGGCUGAAGCAGAGCCUUCUUACCGAGGAUACUACCGUCCCCAUUCCUACGGCUACCACAACACUCCCUACAUCCACCACCAUUAUAAGAGGUCCGCCGAGCCCUCUUACAGCUCCUCCAACUACUACCGCCCAAGCCACUACAUUCCCUCCGUCCACCACCACCACAAGAGGUCCGCCGAGCCUGAGGCCGAAGCCGAGCCCUCUUACGGCUCCUCCAACUACUACCGCCCACACCACUACAUUCCCUCUGUCCACCACCACCACAAGAGGUCCGCUGACCCUGUUGCUGAGGCUGAAGCCAGUUACGGCUACAGGUCGUACCAACCUGUCUACCACCACUCCUACCAAUACACCCCCUAUACUCACAACCUUCUACAAGAGAUCUGCCGAGCCAGAAGCUGAUCCUAGUUUUAUCUAUGGCCACCACCAGUCCGUGUACCGUCCCUCAUAUAAUGGAGCUCACUAUGGUUACGGCUACCACCACUAGGGUGCUGAGAGUUAAUUUGCCCUGAAUCCUAUAUCUAAGAGGUUUAUUUUGAAAAUUGAUAUAGUAAUAAAGUCAAUCUAAAUAUAUUUUGUUUAUGAUUUAAGAAUUCUGAUGAGAAACAGAGAAAAAGGAACAGAGAAACAUUUAUAGAUAUGAAAAUCAGCUAUAUAGGCAACCAAAUAACACAAAUAACUCGAAAAAGUUACAUGAGGCAUGUGUAUCAGAUGUGUGAUUUAAAAGGUACCUUCAUAUAUUUGUUAAAAACAUUUCUUUAGAGAAGCAAAUGGGCGAUUUUCAUGCUGCGCGAAGACAGGCUAAGCAUAUCUUCUUCAACAACAGAAACCAACUGACUAGACACAGUGAAACCAGACGAAACGAUGAACCACUUAGAACAAAGAAAUAUUAGGCAAUCUGCAAUCACUCAAUACACCUCUAGGACACCACCUCGUCAACAAACCUGGCAGCAGCCACUGGGAGGAGUGCACUCUGCGCCUGAUUCCGCGCCCUCAACACCAGAGAACCAUCAAAACACGAUUGUGGAAAUCUGUCCUUCAAUGGAGAUGGAAGAUUCAUCACACGGACGCGAAGAAGCCGCCCCAGAUGGAGGGAAUACUGCUGUUGUUGGGUAACCCGCAACCGACGAAGAUUUGUCAAUUACCUUCUACAGCAAAACAAGUAAAACUGCAGUUAACUGCGACACGCCAAAGAA